CUGCUCCCUUAUCGAGACAACAUUGAACUACCGACAUAUACUAACCAUAGAACGAAAAGGACAGAGUACCAUUGCUUGUCAUAUGACAACGUCUAUUAUUUUAAUUAAUACAAACCCAGGGGUUAAGACACGGAGGAUAUCACACAAUUCCAAUUGACAACGUUGCAAGCAUGGAUUUCCAAAACGUGAAUCCCCUAAAUGUUCGGCUGAACAUGGUCUCGGGCAACCUGCUACCGAUGAUCAACCGCGAGACGUCCUUUUCAUUCUUCUGGAAGAUAUACAGCGUUUUUGUGUGGCUGAGCCAGAUCUUUAUACCGAUCGUGAUGGUGCCCGGGUGCAUCUACGUGCCGAUAGAGAAGGUUUUGACAGACGGCAUGAUCUGCUUCGUAGUCUUUACAGAAAUGUCCUUCAUGAUCGUGCGAAUUCACGCCCGUAAGGACCUGGUGUGCCCAUUAAUUCAAAAGCUGAACGAGAUUCUGCGCACCGCCGACGAAACUAUGAAGAACGUCGUGACGACGACUUUGAAGCCAGUGAGGACCCCGCUCAACUUCUACUGGUCCGCUGGCGUGGCGUCGAUAGUAGCGUGGAGCUCGCUACCGUUCGUAUUGGUAUUCGAGAAGAAUCUGUUUCGUUACGAGGAUUACAGAAUACCCGCUGCUUUCUCCAAACAGCCAUUCUCGCUCAAAAUCUUUAUCCUAGGAAACCUGUUCCUGCUAAUCAGCGCGAUAUAUACGUUUUUAAAGAAAGUCGGCGUGGAUGUGUACAUGGUGCAUUUGGUUCUGAUGAUAACCGCGCAAUAUAGAUAUAUCGCGCUGAAAAUCGCGGUGAUAUUUCAAGAAGAAGAUGAAGUUGAUGAAUCUCUAAAGAAACAUUCUCCUGGAAUAAAUCGAAGAAAAGAAGAGGAAAUAAGAGCACUGUGUCGACAUCACAAUGAUGUGGUACACAUUUCUUCAUUGCUAAAAGAACUGCUGUCUUUAAACUUUAGUUUAAUAUACGUAAACAGCGUCUUUAGAUUCUGCUUUAUUGGUAUCAUGCUGAGCAGCAUAACAUCAGCAACGUUUGGGGAAGCGAUCUCGAUUGUCAUGUACGCGUCAGGUGCAGUAGUGCAACUUUAUAUUUUGUGCUCCUGUGUGCAGCAAUUAUUAGACGCGAGUACGGAAAUGACAGAUAAGGCGUUUCACGAAAACUGGAAUCAGCUUCACCCAUCGAUAAAACGUACAUUUAUCUUGAUAAUCAUGGCUAACAAUUUAGAAUGCAGAAUUGCGACAUUUGAAAAGUUUAAUCUCUCCUUACCUUCAUUUAUGAUGAUUUUAAAUCAAUCUUACUCAAUCGCCCUUCUGUUUUUAAAAAUGAAAUAAAAAAAAUGACGAAGAAGACGUCUUGCCUAUAGUAGUUAUAAUUGUUACUUCCAAUCUAAAAACGAAAAUAAAUCAUUUUAUGAUAGCAACUUAUAUACGUUUGGUAAAGUUAACGUGUUUUAGUGAAAAAAGUACCCAAAAUGAUUAAACAAAAAUACCAGUAAUUGUAUUACAAUUUGUAAUUGAUUCCUAUACAAUAUACAUAACGAUAAUAGCACCUAAAAUAAUAAAGUAGCGACAAUUCAUGACAAAAUACCUGAAAUUGAUUACAGCUUAAAUGUACCUUUACGUAAUCAAUGUUAUUGAUGCUACA